AGUCUUGCCAACCAGCACACAGAACUCAGAGUCAUCGCGGCCAGGCUGAGGGAAAGGUUGUGUUUGGUUUUGUGUAUAGUAAACUUUUCGUAGACGCUCAAGAUGCCGGACCACUUAGGAGCUGACAUGCGGAAGACCAACGAGGAUAAGUCGGAGGACGAGCCCAUUAAGGCUCUGGACGAAGCCGACAUAUCCUUGCUGAAGACCUAUGGUCAAGGGCCAUACACCAAGGUGAUCAAGAACAUCGAGGAGGACAUUCAGAAGACAGUCAAGAAAGUCAAUGACCUCACAGGCAUCAAGGAGUCAGACACUGGCCUGGCUGUGCCUGCCCUCUGGGACCUGGCUGCUGACAAACAGACUCUACAGAAUGAGCAGCCCCUCCAGGUUGCCCGCUGCACCAAGAUCAUCAAUGCAGACUCUGAUGACCCUAAGUACAUCAUUAACGUGAAGCAGUUUGCCAAGUUUGUGGUGGAUCUGGCAGACUCCGUGGCCCCAACAGACAUUGAGGAGGGGAUGAGGGUUGGAGUGGACCGAAACAAGUACCAGAUCCACAUUCCACUCCCACCCAAGAUUGACCCGUCUGUCACCAUGAUGCAGGUGGAGGAGAAGCCCGACGUGACCUAUUCAGACGUGGGUGGCUGCAAGGAACAGAUUGAGAAGCUGCGGGAGGUGGUGGAGACGCCCCUGCUGCAUCCAGAACGCUUCGUCAACCUGGGCAUUGAGCCUCCUAAGGGUGUGCUGCUGUUUGGGCCACCUGGUACUGGCAAGACUCUGUGUGCUCGUGCUGUGGCCAACCGCACCGAUGCUUGCUUCAUUAGGGUCAUCGGCUCGGAGCUGGUGCAGAAGUAUGUGGGAGAGGGAGCCAGGAUGGUGCGUGAACUGUUUGAGAUGGCCCGCACCAAGAAGGCAUGUCUCAUCUUCUUUGACGAGAUUGAUGCCAUUGGUGGCGCUCGCUUUGAUGAUGGGGCAGGGGGUGACAAUGAGGUGCAGAGGACUAUGCUGGAGCUCAUCAACCAGUUAGAUGGAUUUGAUGCUCGUGGCAACAUUAAGGUACUGAUGGCCACCAACCGACCUGACACCCUUGACCCAGCCCUCAUGCGACCUGGCAGACUGGAUCGUAAGGUGGAGUUUGGCCUGCCAGACUUGGAGGGAAGGACACACAUCUUUAAGAUCCACGCCAAGUCUAUGUCUGUUGAGCGAGACAUCCGAUUUGACCUGCUGGCCCGCCUCUGCCCUAACAGCACAGGAGCAGAGAUCCGGUCUGUGUGCACUGAGGCUGGCAUGUAUGCCAUCCGUGCUCGUAGAAAGGUUGCCACAGAGAAGGACUUCUUAGAUGCAGUGAACAAGGUCAUCAAGGCUUAUGCUAAGUUCUCUGCCACUCCACGCUACAUGACUUACAACUAGGUAGGCACACACACACACACACACACACACACACACACACACACACUUCGCAAUUUAUAUCCCUCGUUAUAAUUAUAAACUGCAUAUAGAAUCAUUAUAAGCUUUGUCCCUCCCACUUUAUGUAUUUAUUUACAGUCUUACAGAAGACCUCUGACUGGUUUGUAAAGGAGAGUAAGGAGUAAAUAAAGAAUUUCUUUGUA